AUGAAGAGGAACCUGAAGAAGGUCUUCGAGGGUGGUCCUGGAUGGGGGGGUCGCGCAAAGGAGUGGAAGAGUCCCCGCGGUUUUGUCGUGGUGUUGUCCGCCGGGGGUGGCGGUGGCGGCGGCGGAGGCGGCCCAGGGUGCCGACGACGUGACUUGGAUCGCCGAGGGGGCGGUGGAGGUGCCCCCUGCCUUGCCACCAUCAGCUCCUCUGUCGCGGGGAGCGCGGGGGGCUGUGGCCCCGUGGUGGGGCUCCCCUCCUACAAGAAGCGACAAGGCGGAAACGCAGCGUGGGGUCGAGGUGGCCGCGGCCGGGGCAAAGGUCGCGGGGGCGGCGUGGCCCUCCCGGGGGGCGGCGUCGCCCCCGCGAACUACCCCCCAGGGCUUCAGGGAGUCGGGGCAGGACUUCGAGAGGUGGUGAACAUCCUCGGGGAGAGGAAUCAGGUUGGAACUCUGACCGGCAUCAAGCCACCCCCGGGGUCCCCCGACGAUGGACCCGAGGACGAGGAGGAAGGUGCCCCCCGAAGACCCCCCAGGCCCCUCUACAGGAGACUGAUCAACUACGUUCGCCAGGCCUGGACUGGCGUCAAGUUUGCCCUAGACUCUGAAUACGAGGAGGAGCACACGCCGAGAUACAGGCCGGAUUCCUUGGCGAGCCUUUGCAGAGCCACCAGGUUCACCGAGGCAGAACUGAAGAGGAUAUAUCGAGGAUUUAAGGCCGAGUGUCCUACGGGAGUCGUCAGGGAGGAGACCUUCAAAUGCAUCUAUUCCCAGUUCUUCCCCCAAGGAGCCAACACCAGUCAGUACGCGCAUUACGUGUUCAACACCCUGGACCAGGACCACAGUGGGAUCCUCAGUUUCGAGGACUUCGUCACGGGUCUGAGUAUCCUCUCGAGAGGGUCCAUCGACGAGAAACUCCGUUGGACGUUCUCGUUGUACGACAUCAACGGAGACGGAUGCAUCACCCGAGAGGAGAUGACGGACAUCGUCACGGCGGUUUACGAGCUCAUGGGGAAAUUCGCUGAUCCCACCCUGGACAACGAGGGGGUGCGAGAGAGGGUGGACAGGAUGUUCCAGAAAAUGGAUGGGAACAAGGACGGCGUGGUGACGCUGACGGAGUUCCUGGAGGCGUGCGGGGCCGACCCCGACAUUUCGGCCAGCAUGGCGGCUUUGGACACGGCCUUCUGACACGCGGCGCGUCCCCGCUACACGGCUUGGACUUGAACUGGACCCGAUCUUCCUUGUAGGACGUCAUGCCUCCAGAAGAAGAGGAAGCGAGGUCGCUUUUGUCCCGAGGACGGGUCGUCAUGAGGCUGAACCAUGGCGACCCGGAAGCGCAGCCUCGACUUCCGGUCGAGGGUGACACUUGGUCAUCCCUUGAGGUGGAACCUGCCGGGAGAUUUUUAAUGUAAAAGUAUAUAUACAUAGAAAAUGUAUAUGUACCAUGGAUUGUAGGGAAGAGAAUGCUGGAAAGAUCGUCAUAGAUUCCUCUGGCAGGUUCCUCGCUACCUUAUUUCAUUUAUCGAGAUUUAUCGAAGGCGAGCGAGGUUUUUCGAGAACUGGCAUUUUCCCGACCCCGCGAAUCGGGCUUCAGACUCGGGAUGACAAUGGUGCCAAAUCAUUGACGUAUUUUAAUGAUCAUAAGGGGUUACUUUCAGAUCGACGAAGGACCAUGCCGACAAAGCCGAUCCUCCAUCGAAGGAACUUUCUAUCGCGUUAUUUUCAAAGGGGUGCCCGCGAAACGAAUCAGCUGAUCGACCUCUCAUUCCCUGAAAAAAAAAAAACCGAUUAAUAUCUCCCUGUUAAACAAAACACCCCGCGACAUUUUAUUUAUAUUUCCUAUGAACAUAGAUUUUAAGUUUAAUGCACGAGUGAAUUAAUUUUCCUACUCGAAGUGACAAAUCGUUAUAAAAUUAUAAUUCCACUUUAUAAUUUAUAAUGGCUAAUUGUAUGAAUACUUUUAACGGUGCAAUUCAAUACCAAAGUAGCUGUCGAUUGAAGAUCGAGAGCGAUCAGCUGAUCCGCUGUUCCUCGCGUCCUGUUUGUUUCUCUUUUUCUUUUCUUUUUCCUCGGAGCUGCAUCGGCGCACUGACGGAGAGAUUCUGGCGACGGAUCUGGAUAAAUACAAUGCAACGAGUACGGUUAUAAAUAAAUGAGCCAAUCGGGGUCCGUAAGACAUGGAACGACGGAUUUGACCAUCGUCAACCUCUCGUUCAGGGCCGAUUAAUCGUCGAUACGUGCUGAGAGAAAUCAAUUCCGCCGACCACGGCGCCGAAAUUACUUCUAGAGGCUAUUUGUCAAGUAUAUUACGAUAACGACGAUGAUUAUUCGUAGGACCCCUCGAGGCGUUUCCAAGAUUCUUGAAAAAUUCAUUCUACCGGGGGUAAUCGAACUUGUACAUAUUCCCAAUCAAUAUCGAACCGGUCGCGGUGGGCGGAAUCGAUCUCUCCCGAUGAACACGCGUCUCGUUUCUAGAAUAAGCGUAAGUCGACGGUACAAAGUGUUUAUUUUUGUGAGAGGUUACUAGUUAAGUUAGUUGUAAAGACUGUGCUGCUAAAGAAAGAACGUGAAACGGUCCAUGGCGGAUGAUAAGGCCGGAUUAUGUCGAACGGAUCUCUCUUUUUUUUCUCCACGAGAUGGCAAUUUUUGACGAUUCGGAAGCAGGUAAAGAGAAAGAUACGCGAACUCUUCGAUUUUUAGCAGCGCCGAGUAGUAAGGAGUAAGGUCUAACGUGUAACUGAGAUGAACGUUGAGUGUUGUCUCACAUCAACUCGAUCACUACCGCAUGUCUUUGAAGUUACUUCCUAAAUGUUUAACCAAGGCAAAGGAAUAACUAAUUGUCCGAAUAGUCCCGAGGAGAUUAGUCUAGGCGAGUGCCCAGCCGGCGCGGAACAUUUUUCCUCCCCUCGAUAUUACAAGUAACUUGCAUAUCAAAAUCCACCCGAAGCGCGACAACCUCCCUCGAGAAAUCCAUUGACAAAUCAAAAAGGAAUUAAAACCACCAGACAUUUCCGAAGAUAUGUAAGUUACAUAUAAUAUCAGUCGCGAUCAGAUUGUAAAAUCCGGCUUUUUAUAAAACGGUGUCGGUGAAAUCUUCCCUCACUUAGCUUCCCUUAACAACCCAGCCGGUGAUUUAAUAAAGCGACUAGGGGUUUUAUUCUACCAAUCUGAUUUUACAAUCUGGCUGCGAUACGCCAAUAAAAAAAGAGUAUCUAUUAGCCGAGUGGGAGCGAGCUUUAGCCCUAAGCAAAGCGAAAACGAAAGCUGAGGCUAUUCCUAACGACCUGAGCGCUAUUCUCGAACACGCCAGAGGUUGUCCAUCGUACACGUAGAGUACCUAGGAACGUAUUAAUUAAUCUAUGACUCGAUAGACUCUACCUAGUCGACGCCACUCUACGAUACCUAGGCUAACUACCAGAAUAAUUCUACGUACUUUGAAUGUCUCUUAGAGAAGUUCCAUCAGCCCCACUUACAAUUAGAGAGCCAGGAGAUUCGCUAAAGAACAAUUCCCAGCAGCCCUCUCGACCUUCCCCCAGACCUAGCAGACUACCUCGAAGUAGAACUACCUCUAAUCAGCCGAUAAAAAAAUAUUCUCCUCGAGAUAACCGCUUAUCUCACCCCGAGUCUCUCUUCUAAUAGAUCUUGCCCACGCAGCGGGUACACUCUUCGAGGGAUUAUUUUUCUAUUUUUUUUUUUUUUUUCCGGGGAAGACGUAGAUCUCUUCAAGAACUCUUUACUGGUCGAGUAGAUGCUAUUGUAGGGUACCUGCAAUUAAAAUACAAUUAACCAAGGCUUUGGUUAUUUUUGCGCCGGAACUAAUUUACUAGAGACGAGCUUCGCAUACUAGGAUGAGGUACUCUUAAUUAAUUAAUUUAUUUAUUUACUGGUGUCCAUGCGCCGUGGGUUAAGUAUCAAUGCUCCCCUAGGAACUCCGUCCUAUCCCAAGUCCAUCAGGAAUUACCCCAGUUUCUUGCAGAAUUCUGUAAAAGAAAAAGAAAUCAAGAUUUUUAUAUAUAUAUUCAAGUUCUCGCGAAAAUUUGGCACUCUCAGAGGGGAGAUCCCCUGGAGGAAUCUAUUGCAGUUUAAAGUGAGGGUAAAGUUUAUGUUGUAAACCUCGUUUAGCUAGCUUAACCAUUAACUAAUAGGAUUAAUAUCGACGACCUAUCUUCUCUAGACGAGAACUGUCUCCUUCUCGAGGGCUAGACGUUCCUCUCGGGCCUCCAGCCGGCUAAAUUAACUAAAUCUAACGUUAAAGAGUGGAAUUUAAUGAUCCAUCGACGAUGUCAAAGGUCCCGCACUAAGGAAAAAUUAAUUAACCAUUCCACCGAAAAAGAUAUUUCCUUAAAUAGUACCAAAGAAAUAUAUCUGCGGCAAUCCCCGAAGGAGUCGUUGCAUCCAAUUCAUUUGAGUCCAAUUGAGUCAGACAAUUAUUCUUUGAAUGAAUAAAAUAUUUUUCUAGUUCGAUGACAUUUUAUUUUGAUUUUUUAUCAUCUCUUUUUUUUUUUUCUUAGUGCGGGAAGAAGAGGAAAUCGGAAGCUCGCGAGCUUUUCCUGUCGACUUAUUCGAGAAGCGAGAUCGAAACCGAUCAAUAGGAGGGAACAUGUAAUUCGAAUAAAAAAAAAGAGUAUGAGAAAAUGCAAAGAAAUAUACACCGUAUGGCCGGACUCUGCUUGUAUGGCUGACAGAUGGUCCAAUCAUAGACUAUAUAUUAAUAAGAGAAAGUUAAAAAAGAGAGAUAUUAAAUAGAGAGCCUAUGCUCCCACCGACGUCCAAGAUUUUUACGCUCUGAAUCGCUUUACCCGAAUCCUUUUUUUCCAAUUUUCUUAUCAUCGUUAAUGUGAAAACUAGGAGGAACUUUGCUCGCUAUCGAAUAAUCCGAUAAUUUGCACAUUUAUCUUCGGUAAUUCUAAUAUCACACCGUAGGACCUUACAAUGCGGUAGGAGGCUCAAAGUGGGAAUUUUCCAAUUAUAAUAUUCAGCAUUCUGCUCCAAUGGAGGUCCCCACAAUGCGUCGAGGAGAUUAAAACAAAUGUUCGAUAAACGGAUUAAAAACGAAAGCAGUUUUACGAUUCAAAGUGCCCUAUCGAUCCUGGACGUCGCGCGGGCAAGAUAAGAUUAAAGAGGAUUAAUUAAUAUACGAUGUUAAAUAUGAUGGAUUUUAAAGAGAAGGCAGAAGGUACUCAUGGCGGUAUAUUUUCAGUGUAAAUCAAGUGUAAUAUGUAUAUAGUAUUAUAUAUUAUCCGUGGUAAGACUACGUGUCUCAUAGCUUUAACGACUCGGAGAUCGCGGCCGAGUUAUCAGUCGUCGAUAUCGCCAAAACGGAAGCCGUUGAUAAAAUCGCUCGGAGGGGGGAGAACGAGGAAAAAAAACAAAGAAAAAAAAAUAACACUUUUUUUACGCCGCCGGUUAACGGGAUAACGAGAUUUAGGAGAUAAACGCGCGCUUCCGCAAUGGGAACCGAAGUGUACGAGUGUGUAAAUUAAUCGUUUGGAUGUUGACUGUUAAAUGUUAGGGUAGGUCAAGGCGAUCUCGAAGGAUACGGCCGUUUUAAUUCCUGUCGGCGACAUUCGCUCGAUUCGUUAAUUAAUUCGUAACGUUAAGUGUGCGUUUCGGUUAGCAGGGUGUAUCGGAAACGACCCGAUAAAAAGGCUGGAGCGAAAUGGAAUGAAAGAAUUUUAAUUCCAGUGAAUGCCUGAUUUUUUUUUCCUCCUUCUCUUUCUGUUUUCCCCAUUGUCCUUAAUUUCAUUCACGGUUGAAAGAAGCUACAGAAUUUUUCUCGGAAUCAAAAGUUCCAAACUUAUCCCAGAAAAGGUGACUCUUGACGUGUUCUAAUAUAUUCCUUUUUAAUGGAAGGUAUUAAAUCAACUUAUGGAAUACAACCGAACUGGAAUUGGACGAAGUAAAGGAAUAUAUUCCUUUCGCGGAAUUCAACAUUAAUUAGAGUAUACUGUGUUAAUAGGAGUAAGACUUUCCGAAAUGUUAUUCCUGCUGCCGAAUUGGGCGGAUGCGAGGAAUCGGGUAUUUCAUGAAAUUGGAAACUCGUCACUUUUACGUUUACACUGGGAAAUCUUUUAAUCCUGUUCCAUUCGAGCCUUCUUACUGGGGAAGAUCGACGUUUUUUCGUUCCCAAGGAUUCGCUUUGGUGGAAGAAAUUGUUGAGGAGUAAUUCUUGUUCUUCGUUGUCGGGGAGUCUUUGUUGGUAGAAUUUGUUCGGCUGGAUAAAUUGGACAAUGUACACUGCCGUCGCUUGCUCGCAACGAAAUUUCCCUUUAUUUUCUCCGUUCCCGAUGCACUGCCUCGAGAAGCUGACGAAUCUGCGGGGGAAAUUCUCAUAUCAAUAUACAGCCUCGUUUAAUACUUUCCCGUACGUCGGACAACCGCGACAAGGUGUAAUCCGUCUUUCUCCGAUGUACAUUGUUGGAUCGCUGCGUUUCAAGUCGCCUUAGUUAUGCCAAAGCCUAGCCAUUAUUACGAUGUAUACUUAAUUAUUACCAAUUAAUUAUUGUAUUACACCUGGGAGUAUGUAACUAUUUUAUAAAUAAAUAAAUAAUAAUCGUU